AUGGCACAGCCGGUGCCUCAUCAGGACAAGAAGCGCGUCAAGGUCUACGAGCUGCGCAACAAUGACUGGUUUGAUCGCGGAACGGGCUUCUGCACCGCCAAGUUUGCGACGACCGAAGAUGGCGGUAAAGAUCCAAAAGUCAUUGUAGAAUCCGAAGACCAACCUGAGCGACUUCUAUUGGAGACGACAAUCCAAAAGCAAGAUGGAUUUCAAAAGCAACAAGGCAAGCUCGCAACGGCUCCCUACUAUCCCUUUAGAGCCAGGAAGCGGUGUCGAUAUGGCCUUGAGUUUCCAAGAGGCCGAGGGAUGUGCCAUGAUCUGGUUUAUGAUAAUCUCUCCGAUGAUCUCGCCAUCGAAGCCAUUCCUCCCGUCAAUCUUCCCACUGCCGAGCUGGGCAACCUGGUAGAAAUCGAGACUAGCAUUAGGGUCAUGAGCGCGACCGCCACUGGCCGCGAAGCUGUUACCAAGUUCAUCGUGGCCGACGACUAUAUCAGCAAGCUUAUUCCUCUGGUAGAGAUUGCCGAAGACUUGGAAAGCCUCCCCGACCUGCAUCGCUUGUGCAAUAUCAUGAAGGGCAUCCUGCUCCUCAACGAUACAUCCAUCAUUGAGCACGCCGUGUCCGACGAGUGUCUCCUGGGGGUUGUCGGCGCUCUGGAAUACGACCCCGACUUCCCCAGCCACAAAGCCAACCAUCGACACUGGCUCAGCAACCAAGGACAUUACAAGGAAGUUGUCCCCAUAAAUGAUGAUGCAGUCCGCCGCAAGAUCCACCAGACAUAUCGCCUUCAAUACCUCAAGGACGUUGUUCUGGCCAGAAUCCUUGAUGACCCCACCUUCUCCGUCCUCAGCUCUCUCAUCUUCUUCAACCAAGUUGAAAUCGUUCAGCACCUACAGACAAACCCAACAUUCCUCAUGAACCUCUUUGGCAUCUUCUCUGCCCACUACCCCGACACGAGAAAGCGGAAGGAGGCUGUCUUGUUCAUCCAGCAAUGCUGUGGUAUCGCCAAGACCAUUCAAGCCCCUGCGCGCCAAUCUCUAUACAUCAACUUUCUUAACCAUGGCCUGCUCCGCGUCAUCUACUAUGGCCUAAGACAUGUUGACGUUGCCGUGCGUGUUGGGGCCACGGAUAUUCUGAUAUCCAUUAUUGACCAUGACCCGACGCUUAUUCGCCAAACCAUCUUUCGGCAGAUGCACGAGGGCACCUCAUCGCUAUUAGAUUCUCUCAUCGAUCUUCUCCUUGUCGAGGUUGACUUGGGAGUCAAGACGCAAAUCUCAGAUGCUCUCAGAGUCAUUUUGGAUCAGGGAGGAGGCCCUGCUGCUGCCAACGAAGCCGCGGCCAAUAACAAUGCCAACGCCAACGGCAACAAGCAGCAAGCAGCCGAAUUGGCCGCCAGGGCCAGGAUGCAAAUGCCUGUGGAUCCGCAGCACGAGCACUUCCUAACCCGCUUCUACGAGUCUUCCGCUCUGAAGCUCUUUAGGCCCCUGAUCGAGCUAGACACCCGCUCCCAUCUGGACUUUACUGUUCAGGAGGCUGCCAUGUUCUCGUGUCUUGUCGAGGUGCUUGGCUUCUUCAUCCGCCAACACCAUCGAUUCAGCAGAUACUUUUUCAUAGUGCAUAACCUGGCGGCAAGGAUCGUCCAGCUUCUCAAGUGCCGAGACAAAUACCUGCAGCUGGUUUCGAUUCGACUCUUCCGACUAAUUGUUGGCCUCCAGGAGGAGCUGUAUGUCAAGAAUCUAAUCGAGAAUGACGUUUUGGGUCCUAUUCUUGAGGUUCUGGUGGAGACUGUGCCGCGGGACAAUCUCGUCAGCGCCGCUUGCACAGAACUCUUUGACUUUGUCAAAAAGGAGUACUUGAGAGACAUGGUGAAGAACCUGGUCGCUGAUCAUCGUGAGAAUUUGCUUCUCGUUUGCCACAUACCGCCUUGCCAAGACUUGAUCACACGGUAUGACCAGACUGAAGGCUACACGACCAACAUGGAUUACUUUGUCGAUACAGACGACGAUGUGACGAGGAGGCCACCCCACCUUAGAAUGAUGGAGCACCUACCCAUUGAUCUACGCGAAGAGGAAUACUGGGAUGCUUCUGAUCCCGAAGACGAAGGAGAAGAUCAGAACUCAGGAGAUAGGUCAUCUAGGAGCGGUGGCUCGUCUUCUGGGAAGCCUCUAGUUGACUAUCCCUCAGACGAGGACGACGCCGAAGAUGGCUUAGACAACGACACUGAUGACCAGUCAAAAGAAGAGGGCGAUGAGAGUCUCAAUUUCAGCCCACGGUCGAACGUCUCGGCCAACGUGCCGCCGCCCGAACGUCUCUCUGAGAAACGCAGACGAGAGGAAGACGAGGAUGACGAUGAUGAGCUGGGCAAGUUGAUGCAGAGCAAGCGGCGCAACAGCAAUUCUACGGAAUCCAACUCGUCAAUCGCACCGAGCCUCAACCGAAGGCGCAAGUCGAGUUUCACCAAUGGGGGAGGUAAUGUCGCACCCAGGAAGAUUGCAAUUAGCCUGUCGCCAGCUCUGAGGUCAGGCGGUCCUUCUCGAUCCGACGAUGACUCGUGAAAGAGGGACUUGUUUUAGCUGCAAUGGUGUAUGGCAUUAAUACCCUCUCUUCGUUCAUCAUCUCUUGUUCCUGUUCUUAUUGCAUCAUAAUUUUUCAUUCGGCCAUGACAAUGUAAAGAGCAGAUGGUUACUCUGUGUCUAAGGGUUGGUCCUCGUAAAACGGGGAGAUGGCGGUGGGUAGGCGACGGGCGGCGUUAGGAUUUUCCUCCUUUUUCCUUUUUUCCUUUUUUUUUUGGUCUGUUCAUUGACCACAUCAUACUUUGUUUCAUCUUUUUAUCUUUGGGAUGAUGAUACGGCUCACUGGCCCGUCACUGUUGGAGAUGCAA